AUGUCUGGCAAUGGCAGCAACAGCAAUGCCUAUGACCAGACUCGCGUGCCAGGCCUUUACGCUGCCACAAUUACAUUGGCAGUUCUGCAGACCAUUGCUGUCGUAGCACGGUUCGCUGCCAGGAGCAUUUCGGCCGCGACCUUCUGGUGGGAUGACUAUACCAUUGUCCUUGCGCUGAGACAAGCUCCUGGCCUUACAGUGCCUCAGAUUCUGGACUUUGGGCUCUGCGUCUGUUACUGGGUCCCAAUCCGAAUUUGCAACUUUGGCCGUCAUACUCAGGCAUAUGGCGGUCCUGUUACCGAGGGCGACCUUAUCAUCUUUUUCAAAAACUUUACAGAGAUCCUCCAUCUGACGUUCCUGCCCGAAAAGUCUCAAUUAGCGCUCCAAAUCCUAUACUUCGCCACUGCCUGCGCCAUCAAGACAUCUCUCAUCCUCCUAUACUACCGGCUUUUCGGUGUGGUUCGAUGGUUUCGAUUGAUAUUGGCGGUCAUGUGGCUGAUAGUGCUUGCCUACUUUGUGGCAGACACUCUUGUCGCAGUAUUUGAGUGCAGUCCAAUUGCAUACUAUUGGGAUAAAGCGAUAAAAGGGGGCAGUUGCAUUGACCAAGACGCUUUCUACCGAUGGAAUGGAGUUGCGAACCUCCUUAUCGACUUCUCGAUUUUGGUAUUGCCGAUGAUGAUGGUCUGGCGGUUGAACUUGGAUACCAGGUCGAAAAUUAUUCUCUCUGGCGUAUUCCUGCUCGGUACACUCGCUUGUGUUGCUUCCAUUGUUCGCGUCUGGGCCUUCAACCUGGCAAACUUCGACGAUUUCGAGUAUACCAUUACGACCGCCGUAAUCUGGACCGUAGUGGAGCAAUCCCUUGGCAUAAUCUGCGCCUGCCUGCCUACGCUCCGGCCUCUUCUCUCCCGCUUUGGCCUUUUCACGAUUAAAUCCACCUACGUUUUCAACUCCAAAAACACAAAUUCGCGCUCCGGUGCCGCCAUUGGGCUUAGUCAUUUAAGUUCGAGACCAGGAUUCAGUCCAUCAACGGAUGUUAGCAACGCUGCGGGUUUUGCGAGGUUAGACGAGGAGAAUGGAACGCUAGAGCAUGGCAGUCUAACGACACAUGCGGUGAGAAUGCCCAGUGGCGAUGUGCCGCAGGUAUCAAGGGGGAUCCCGAAGGGGCAGACUGUUGAGCAGCAUUAUGAUGAGGCCGAUAAUUUUUGA